GUUGCGAACCGGCGGCGGCGGGUUGCAUUUCCAGCACUGGCCAGCUCCUCGUCAACACAACUCCGCCGUCGGUCGGGAUCGAAAGGGAAUCGCGAUAUCUUCUGCUGCUCUUCUUCUGCUCUUCUUCAUCGUUGUAUUCUUAUAUACUUCUCUGUUCCGGGCUGGUGUCGUGUAGUCGUCGUUGCUUCCCCGUCUUCUCCUCAUCUCAUCCCAUCCCACUCUUCUCUCCUCACCACCCCACCCCACCGGCUACCCGCUCCUGAUCUCCAUCCUCCUUACAUGCCAUCCCUCAUCCCAUCCGCCUCCUCUUAAUCUCUAUCUUCCUCUUCAUACACUACCAUGUCUACCUGGAACACCCUCUCCACCUGGGCCGACUCCUCCUCCUCCUCUUCCUCCUCGACCUGGUCCGACAUUGCCAAUUCUACCGAAGGCCAUGCUGCCUCUCUCUGCCGCAUGAACAUGCUCUUCACAUGGCAAACAGACAGCAUAUGCAUCGUCUUCCAAUGGUGGCGCAUGUACAACCGCGCGACCGUCGCCCUUUCCUUCCUCGGCAUCGUCGGCCUCGGCGUCGGCUACGAACUCGUCCGCGAACUCACCCGCCGCUACGAAUCCUACAUCAACUCCGUCUCCCGCGGCGACGACCAGCUCCUCCCUCUCAUCAUCAAGCGGUACAUGCCCGACCGCUCCAUGCGUGAUCGUCUAAUCCUAUCCUUCCUCUAUGCAUUCCAAGUUCUCUACUCCUUCUUCCUCAUGCUCGUCUUCAUGUCCUACAACGGCUGGAUGAUGUUCGCCGUCGUCGUCGGCGCCUUCAUCGGCUUCUUCUUCUUUGGCAGCAAGCACCGCGUGCCAACCGGCGAGUCCGCAGUCUACUACGAAGAAGAGAUUGCCGUCGACAUAAAAGGCCACGGCGCAAUCUCCCACAACAGCGAGCUCAAGCACCACAUGACCCGUCCGGUUGGUGUCUCGGCCGUGCGUGGAGGUACCUGCCAUUAAACCUCUAUUUUAUAUUUGUUUGACAUGACUCCUCCGUCCUACUUUAUGAUUGUCUCUGUGUUUGUUUGUUCGUGUUCUGAUGCAUAGCUAUGCCGUCCUAUCUGCGUGCAGU